AAGCUUAAUUGUAUGAUAGGAUGGUGUUCUUGUGGAGAAUAUGCAUGAUGUACCUUAUGUAACAGCAAAAAAUUGUGGGCCUGAAGUGACUGCAGUAAUGACCCGUGUUUGUUCUGAGGUUCGUCAGACAGUUCCUUUACUACCUUGUGGUGUUCAAGUUCUUGCUGGCAAUAACGAAAGUGCUUUGGCAGUUGCACUAUCAUCAGGAUUUCAGUUUAUUCGGGCUGAAGGUUUUGUAUUUGGUCAUGUAGCAGAUGAAGGUAUCAUGGAAGCUUGUGCAGGACCAUUGCUUCGCUACAGACGUGCGAUAGGAGCUGAACACAUUUUUGUUUUUACCGAUAUCAAGAAAAAGCACUGUGCCCAUGCAAUUACAGCAGAUGUAGAUGUUGUUGGAACUGCAAAAGCUGCAGAAUACUUUCUAAGUGAUGGAAUCAUCAUUACUGGCCAAGCAACAGCAGAUCCUCCUUCAGUUAAAGAAUAUCAUAGUGUGAAACAGUCUGUGUCAUUGCCAAUUCUUAUUGGAUCUGGAGUAACAGCAAGUAAUGUUCAGCAGUACACUGGAGUAAAUGGUUUUAUUGUUGGAUCUCACUUCAAAGUUGAAGGACAUUGGAAAGCUAAUAUUGAUAGACAACGUACCCAGAAGUUUAUGGAUAACAUUCAUAAGCUUCGUUUAGAGAUUGUCUCACAAACAAUGGGAGAAAAAUGUUGCUAAGUGAUUUAGUUCAAAAAAUUUCAAAAGUUGUCAUUUAUUUUUAACUUUUGCUUAUGAAAGCUUGUUUUUAAUGAAUACUAAGUGUUUCACUGUAUCAAUAUAUAUCUCCUUAAUUGUUCUUUCCUUUUGUUUUUGAUAGAUUCUGAUAAUUUUAUAAUAAUUAGUUACCACAGAAUUAGCAGUUUUAUACUUUUUAUUGUGUUGUUACAUUCAAUUAAAUCUUUAUAGAACAACUGAAUUAUUAUUUUUUCACUAACUUU